UCCGUGGCUGCCCCGUCAGUCAUAUACCUUGUCAGCGAGUGCAUUCUACGACUGGCCGCGACGUGGUGAUUUCGCUUCACAGGAGCAGCGCUUCAUGGCAUGCAUUCCACUUCAACGAGAUGGGUACUUUCUGUAUGCUCUGACUGCCUUUUGUUCGCCCCGAGGUCUUGUUGGUCUGGGUACCUUUUUUGAAAACCCAUCAGGUGAUGAUCAAUCAGUAUCAUGGUAUGGCCAACAAGAGGGCUGCCCAGUACAUGUCAGACUUGAAAAUGGCGAGGUAUUGACAUCAAUAUCGGUCUUCUGGGGUACUAUCUCUACACCAUAUCUCACCUGUACAACAAAUCGUGGUCGUAACCUGAGUCUCGGUCCAUACAUAUCCCCCGAGGAGACGCGAAUCCAAACAUUAUAUAACGGGGCCGCAGGUGACGCUAUAGAUCUUUUUUACGAGAUAUCUCCAGGUUUGCCUGCCUUUACAAGCCUGGGCAUUAUCGGGUCACCGAAUCUAUCGACAUGGGAAACAAGGCCGCACUCUAGCAUGGUUCCAUCUAUGCCAUUCCAUUUCAAUCAACUGGGCCUGCUAGAAUCCUCCCCUUGGACCAGCUUUACUUCUCAAGCUUCAUAUACUGAUAUCAAAGCGCUCAAAGUCUGCUACGUAGGACCUCGCUGUACAGGCAUGCUCAUUUCAUAUAAUAAUGACAGCAGCUUGGGUAUCCUAGGACAGUGGUACGAGAGCACCUCGCACCAAGCUAAUAUCGUCGAGCUUGCUCAUCAAUCAAACCAUGUUUUGAGGUUCUCGUUGGCGGUCAGUGAGGGAUACGAGUAUGUUGAAAGUAUUCAGUCAAUCCACUCUUCUGUUCUGUCAGAAGUGAGACCGGGGGACAUACUUCCUGGUGAUGAUAUUAUCUGGCUCUAUGCACCGUUUUCCGAUAUUAUUCUUCGGGUACCAGCCUAAUUUGUCACAAAAUCUUUAAAAAGUAGUAACAUAGAUUGUCUUGUUUGCAAUAAGUUGACUACAGCAUCGCGGCAAACCAACCUGUGGUUACCCUGCAUUGAUUUGUCGUCAUAGUUAUCAUCGAUAGCUCUAACCACGUCAUUCAUCAUUGCAAAA